AUCGUCCAGCUGCAAAAGCCUCCAAGCUCUCGGGUCAGCUGUGGAUUCUUUGCUGAGAUGGAGGUGUAACCGAAGAAGGGAGCUGAAAAGUAAGAAGGACAGAAAAUGAAAGCAAAGAGGGUGGAUGACCUGAGCCAUACGCAGUGGCCAUGGAGCAGGAGACCAUCUUCCCCGAGGGAUGGGCCGAGGACUUGGCUACUCCCCUGACCAUAAAUGGCUUGGCCAGGACUCUCUUGGAGCCACUUCUUGCUGUCACCCUUGGCUCUCCCAGCUGGAUGUUCCUACAAAUGCAAGACACAAGCCAAUAACUCUAGCAAGAAAGGAGCUUGCCGAGGGUAGUGUUCAGAGAAGGUUCUUUGGAGGCUGGCGGAAAUGAGUUUUUCACUGAACUUCACACUGCCAGCCAACAUGACUUCCUCCCCAGUUGUUACAGAUGGGAAAGGAGCAGACUGUGGGCCCUCUCUUGGAUUAGCAGCAGGCAUCCCGUCCCUGGUGGCCACAGCCCUGCUGGUGGCUUUACUAUUUACUCUGAUUCACCGAAGAAGAAGCAGCGAUGAGUCCAUUGAGGAAAGUGAGAAGCCAUGUGAAAUUUCAGAAAUCUAUGACAGUCCCAGGAUAGCUGAGAAUCCUAGGAGGGCACCCACACAUGAGAAGAAUAUUAUGGGAGCAGAAGAAGCUCACAUAUAUGUGAAGACUGUAGCAGGAAGCGAGGAGCCCAUGCGUGACACUUACCGUCCUACCAUAGAAAUGGAGAGAAGAAGGGGAUUGUGGUGGCUUAUGCCUAGACUGAGCUUGGAAUGAUGCAGCUCAGUCAAAGAGCAGAUCUGGAGCUGGGACAAAGCUGAAAACCCGGGGAUUUAUGCUUGAGUGAGGAGAGAUGCCAAGCUGCUUCUUAACCAAUCCAAAUUUCAUUGACAGAUCUGGAAAACUUUUGGAUUGAUUUGUCUCUUUAGGGGGCAGAUCUGAUAAGGUUCAUUCCAAGUCUCAGAUCUUGUAGUUUGAUAAGCAGUGAAGCACCGAGUGUGGUCACUGUGCAUCCAGAAGGAGCCUUUGGAUCCUGUUCCUGACCCCAGUGGGAAUUUGCCUUUCUUUGUGGUUUUGGGAAGGGACUUGAUUUCUGAGUGUCUUGCCUUCUCAUCUUUUUUCACAUCACUUUUCUCAAAAAAACCAUCAGACCUGGCUUCCAUGGGACAGUUGACCAAGGCCAACAUGGUACAAGUUGGGAUAUCCAUGAGGCUUAAAGGGAGUGUGUGAGGGGAAGCAGUUCCUUAUUUCUGAAUAUCUCAGGGUAGAAAUCAUGUGGAACCACACAUUCCCUGACCACAGGUGCAGCAUAUGGCUGGAUCAUUCAUUGCUCCCACUUAUGUCUGUGAUCAGAGAGUAUUCAAGGAAGACAAUUCUGCAAUGGACUGUGUGUGUGUUGAGGGUACAUAGGGUGGAGGGAAGGCAGAGGUUUCGAAAGAUUAUUAGAAAUGAGGGCUGUAUCCAUUUUAUCGGAGUAGAGAGAAAGGUCCAAGUCCUUGGACUAUCAUGGGGAUCAACUCACCGGCAGGAAGAGAGAUCAAGAGCACCCUGAGUGGAUGAACACAGGACCAAAGGGAUGGGCCAAGUAGUAAUGUGCCUGCCACCUGAGGGAAGCCCAUGGACAGGUCAGCCAGCUCAAGCCAUGACCUCACCAUCGCUUCUGUGAGGAAUCUUCCAGGAAUCCUGGUUCCUCCAUGUAGGGCCAUUGCACAUGAGUAGGCCAGGUGUCCUGGUGGGCGAAUCUGGGUUCAGGACAUCUUGGGGUUCAUCCACCAGCUCCAUGCAUCACCUUGAUAAGCUGUGGAAACAUUCCUUUCUCACACAGGGCCUCUGAUUGCUCAGAAACACACCCCCUCUUCUUCAAAUAACCAAAAAUGGGUUCUACAAAUCCAAUCACUGCCAAGUGCCAACACGUGCUUUUCACAGCCCCUUGUGAAAUUCAAUUUUGUGCUAAGAAGUCCCCUAGGUCCAGUCACCUUGACAAGCAGAUCUGGCCAUUUUUAAGCAGAUUUGCCCAGUGAUCCAGGGGCUUGUGCUUCUCUUAGAUGUUGGGAAGGACCUUGAGUUUGCUGAGAACUUGACUGUGGCCUUGGCCUUGACACUCAUAGGUUCUGGCCCUGGGGCAGAUUGUUGACCAGUAGAAGCCUCAGUUCUUUUCUUACAAGAUGGAGAUAGCAGUUCUCAUCCUUCUACCCCCAGGGCAGUUGUGAGGAUUGAAACACGCAUGUGAAUAAGCCUUGCAGUCUAUAAAGUAA